UGAAAGUUAAUGUCGAGAUUUAAUAGUAAUGCUUUCAUCCACAUAUCAUUAGCUCAAUCACAGUUUGGACCGAACCAAGGCGCACUAGGCAUCUAAUAAUCAUUCUAAUAGAAAAAUUAACAUGAGAUUGUUAAUAAAACUAAAAAUCUUCAGGAGAUGAAAACCGAGCUCGAGAGAGAGAAAGACAAUAGUAUAAUGUAUUAGAAAUUACGUAAAAACAAUUGAUAUUGAUAUUAAAAUAGUUGAAAAGGCUCUAAAAGAAAUUUAAUAAUAUAUUAACAGAUUUGGAUCAUAUACCAGUACCGAUGAUGAUGAAAAUGAAUCAAAGUAAGAAGCAUCCCAUCUGAGAACAGAGUUUACUUGGAAAAAGUUACAACCUUUAUUAGAUGGUUACGAUGAGUAAAUAGCUGAAUAAAAACAUAUUGUAAUUUAAAUAAUAUUUAUAAUCAAAUAGAUUGAAAUAUACAAAUAAGAUAUUAGUUAAUUAGAACAAUUAUCAAAGCAAUUUGUUGAAGAAAAUCAGUCACUUAGGGAAUAGUUGGAAAAAAAAUGUGAAAUUAUUUUAAAUAUAUUUUAAAAUGGAACAAUAUAAGACUAGAUGGCUAAUCUAUACAGUAAAUAAUUCUAUUUAAAAUUAAGAACGCUUACAGAAAGAUGAUUGGGCUGAGAAAGUGAAAGAGUUGACAUAAGAAAACCAUACAUUAUUGAAAAAUUACAAAGAAGUUCUUGGUAAAGUUAAAGAAUUGUAAAGAGAUUGUGAUUUGUAUAAAAAACAAUUAAAGGAGCAUCAAUUAAAAAAUGAAAAAUUAUCAGCUGAGAUUAAUGAGAUUAGGGAUUUGAAAUAGGAAUAUUAAAGAAAAUAUGAAGAUUUAUUAAGUUCAAAUAAGGAUGCAGAUAGUAAGAUUAGGGAGGUGAAAAAUAAAAAUGUAAAAUUUGAAUAGGAUAAUAUGAAAUUAAUUUUAUAAUAUGAAGAAUUAGAUAAAAGAUAUUAGACUUUAGUAAAUGAUUCAGAGAGUUAGAAAAAGGAUUUUGAAUUUGAGAUAGAUAGUUUAGGUUAAGAAAUUUCUGAUAAAUCAAGAAAGAUUAAGGAAUUAUAAGCAGAAAAUAUUUCGAUAAACAAAGAAAGAGAUUAAUUUUCUAAUGACGCUAAAAACUUUUAAUAAAAACUUCAUGAAGAGGAAUAAGAAAGCAAGAAAAAAUAAUUGCUAAUAGAUGAUCUCACUAGAAAAAUUGAUCUCCUUCAAAAACGAGAAACUGAACAGUAUUUUUCAUUUAAAUAAUAGUAUCAAAUUAUCCCACCAAAGAGCUGAGAAAGAAAGCAAACUUAUUCAAGAAAUAGAUGACUUAGAUUCUACAAAUAGAUAGUAGUAAUAAUAAAUUGAAUCCAUGACUUAAUCACAUGAUAAAUAAAUCGAAUCUUUGAAACAUGAUAAAGACAAGGUAAUAGAAUAAUAAAAGGUAAAAUAUACAUAACAGAUCUAAAAUCAAGAUAGUGUAAAUUAUAGAUCUAUAUUAGAAAAUUGAAGAACUGGAAUAAAGUUUAAAUCAAAAAGAAAUAAUAAAUGAAAAAUUAUAGAAAGAAAAUAAUAGACUAAAAUAAGAAAAGGAAGAUUAUGAAUAGAAUAUCAAAGUUGAAAAAUAUAGGUUGGAACAUGAGAACAGCAAUUUGAAAUAGAAGAAUUAGGAAUUAGAAGAAUCAAUUGUUAGAAGAGAAUAGUAUUAUGAAGAUAAAAUACAAGGCUUGAGAAUGGAUAAGGAAUAACUAGAGUUGCAAGUAUUUUUCAACAUCAAUUUAGAAUAAAAACAUCAACCAACUGACAAACGAAUUAAAACAAUAAAAUGAAUAAUUAAGAAAGAAGGCAAACCUGAUUGAAGUUGAAAAUUAUGAAUUGAAAGAGAAAGUGAAUUAAUAAGGACGUUCAAUAGUUUAAGGGACAAAUUCCAAAAUUAUGAGAUCCUAUGUUCCUACAUGA